UUUGUUUUUCUAAUGGGGAUAUGUUUGAGUGCUAGAAUUAAAGCUGAAAGCCCAUUUCAUACAGGGCUAAAUUCAAGAUCUGUUAGCAUAGAUGGAUGUGAUAGCAAUCCAAGCUCGAGGGUACCACCGCCUACCCGAAGUGAAGGAGAGAUAUUGCAGUCUCCCAAUUUGAAGAGCUUUAGUUUUUCUGAUCUUAAAACUGCCACUAGGAACUUUCGUCCCGAUAGUGUGCUAGGAGAAGGUGGUUUUGGCUCGGUUUUCAAAGGGUGGAUCGAUGAGAACACGUUCGCAGCUACCAAGCCUGGUACAGGUGUGAUCAUUGCUGUGAAAAGGCUAAAUCAAGAAGGUUUUCAAGGUCACAGGGAAUGGCUGGCAGAAGUAAACUAUUUGGGACAAUUUUCUCAUCCUCAUCUUGUAAAGUUGAUUGGCUAUUGCUUGGAGGAUGAACACCGGCUUUUGGUUUAUGAAUUCAUGCCUCGGGGAAGCUUGGAAAACCACUUGUUUAGGAGAGGUUCUUAUUUCCAACCUCUAUCUUGGAGACUGCGAUUGAAGGUUGCUCUAGGAGCUGCAAAGGGCCUUGCUUUUCUCCACAGUGCGGAGACAAAAGUGAUAUAUAGAGACUUCAAAACCUCGAAUAUUUUGCUUGAUUCAAACUACACUGCCAAACUCUCGGACUUUGGAUUAGCCAAGGAUGGGCCAACGGGUGACAAAAGCCAUGUCUCUACAAGGGUUAUGGGGACCUACGGAUAUGCAGCUCCAGAAUACAUGGCCACUGGUCAUUUAACUAGCAAGAGUGAUGUGUAUAGUUUUGGAGUUGUCCUCCUCGAGAUGCUGUCAGGUCGUAGGGCGAUCGACAAGAAUAGACCAUCCGGAGAACACAACCUGGUCGAGUGGGCAAAACCUUACUUGGGCAACAAACGUAAAGUCUUCCGCGUUUUGGAUACCCGUCUUGAAGGCCAGUACUCAAUGGACGUGGCAAGUAAAGUAGCUAACCUUGCCUCGCGAUGCCUAUCAAAAGAUCCUCGGUUUAGAUCAAGCAUGAGUGACAUUGUUAAAGAACUCGAGCAUCUUUAUCAGCAAUCUAAAGAUGCAGGAAAUACUCGUAGCCACGGUAACAACCGGCCUAAUAGACCACGUAGACGGAGUGCUGGUGAUGUUGCUGGUGGUAGAAAUGGUUCGGUUGCUUAUCCGAGACCAUCUGCUUCUCCCCUUUAUGCUAAAUAAUUCAAUACAUGAUUGAAAGAUGCCUUCGUUUUUUCUUUUGCCUUUAUGUUUUCGUGCUUGAAAAGUAAUUUAGGCUGCUGAAGAACCUGCGCAUUUGCAGAAUCAGCUGAUUGUAUAGUUGUUUUGGCUAAUGUAUUGAAUCAUUACUUUCUAUA